GUGGAAGCUCCAUGAGGGCAGAGAUAGGGUCCACAUCCGCAGUACCCAGCACUGUGCCUGGCGUAGGUCACGUUGCUGCUCUCAGUGCUUCCUAAGAUUGUCAUUAUUUUUAAGCCAUGUGGAGUUGGGAGUGGCUUGAUUGUGAUGGAGUCUCAAGAUCUAGUCACUUCUCUGACACCGAGCAUGAGGAGAUAUUUUGAUUUUGUGGUCCAGUGAGUUGAAUUAAUGAGGAAUGAAAUGACUAACCUCUCCCUACAACCGCCACCAGAUCUUGUACACAUGAACUGUCAAGUAGUUUACAGUCUAGUAGGGGAGUCGGACAGACAUUUCAAACCAUAAUUACAGCAGAGUUCAACAGCAACCCCCAUUGGAGAAGAGUGUCCAGCUAAAGGAAGGGAAGAGUACUGGUCGGAUGACACUUGGAAGCUGAUGUGCAGGUCUUGAACCCUAGACUAGAAGACAAGGUUGAGGAACAGUUGAAAAUGCUGAGGAUGUUAAUCCUGAAGAAAAGAAGACUUGAAGACAGAAAAGACUUUAAGAGAAGAGGAAGUAGAUCCAUUCCAGAGGGCAGAAUAAGGACAAGGCCCGUAAGUGAGUGACUCAGAGAUAAAUUUUCACUCGGCAGGACAAAGAACUGUCUAAGAAUUGUUGUUGGUAGCUGCCAUUGAGUCAGCUCCCAACUCAUAGCGAUGCCAUACACAGUGGAAUGAAAUGCUACCCAAUCCUGUACCAUCUCCAGACUGUUGGGAUCCAUAGGGUUUUCACUGGCUGAUUUUCAGAAGCCGAUCGCCAGGCCUUUCAUCCUGAUCCAGCUUAGCCCGGAAGCUCCACUGAAAGCUGUUUAGCAUCACAGCAACACACAAGCCUCCACUGACAGACUGGUGGUGGCUGUGCGUAUGGUACAUUGGCUGGGAAUUGAACCUAGGUCACCAGCACGGAAGAAUGAAGCUCGACUGAAAAUAGUAAAAACUCUCGAAGACUUUGAUCUGGGCCCAACAGAAAAGUGUGUGAGAAUCAACUCAGUAUCUAGCGGUCUUGCUGAAGAAGACCUGGAGACCCUUUUGCAGUCACGGGUCCUUCCUUCCAGCCUGAUGCUACCCAAGGUGGAAAAUCCUGAAGAAAUCCAAUGGUUUUCAGAUAAAUUUUCAUUCCAUUUAAAAGGCCGAAAACUUGAACAACCAAUGAAUUUAAUCCCUUUUGUGGAAACUGCAAUGGGUUUGCUCAAUCUUAAGGCGGUGUGUGAAGAAGCACUGAAGACUGGCCCUCAAGUGGGUCUUCUUCUAGACGCUGUCGUUUUUGGAGGCGAAGAUUUUCGAGCCAGCAUAGGUGCAACAAGUAGUAAAGAAACCCAGGACAUCCUCUACGCCCGACAAAAGAUUAUUGUUGUAGCGAAGGCCUUUGGUCUACAAGCCAUAGAUCUUGUAUACAUUGACUUCCGAGAUGGAGACGGGUUACUGAGGCAGUCAAGAGAAGGGGCCGCCAUGGGCUUUACUGGUAAGCAGGUGAUCCACCCGAACCAAAUUGUCGUGGUCCAGGAGCAAUUUUCUCCUUCUCGUGAAAAAAUUAAGUGGGCUGAAGAACUGAUCACUGCCUUCAGAGAACAUCAACAAUUAGGAAAGGGAGCCUUUACUUUCCAGGGGAGUAUGAUCGACAUGCCAUUACUGAAGCAGGCACAGAACAUUGUUACGCUUGCCACAGCCAUCAAGGGAAAGUGAUCUGUUAAAUGAAGCUCUCAUCAGGCUAAAGGGUAUUGAAGCCUCAGAGGAUCAACUUGGCCUUGCCAGAGAGCGCCCAUGAAGUCUGAAACAGCGACAAUCAGAGAUUUUGUUUCUGUCCCUCAUUAAAUCGUGAGCUUUUGUGUUGAGACUCUGAACGACUGUUCUUUAAGAAAUUAACAGAAUGGGCAGUUUUAAACUCUGCACCAACCUCUUCCUGACCUCCACAGCAGCAAUGCUGCUACUUUUAGACAGUCACCGCGGGGAAGGCUGU